CUAACAUUAAAUCACCCAGAAGAGAGCAAGUGCCAAACCUUCAUGUGGCCAGCGUCAGUUCUGUACCGGGGCAAGCAUGAUACCGCAAAAACAACCCCCGCCAGCAAUAGUAGCAGCAUCAUCGUCGUCAGCGCACCAAGAGUCCGUGAAUGCUAGUGUCAGCGGGACGAACAGUAGCAGCAUGACAACGACCGUCGUCGCCGUUAAUACCGGUCCCGGAACGGCAGCGACGGUGGGCUCAACUUCCGGGACGGGUUCGACGCUAGGCAGCAGCAAUACCUCCACCGAUCGUACCAUGCUGGCGGAGAAAAGCAUCGUUGUGCAGAAUGCGACGCCACGGCAGCAUCCGAAAAAGCGAAAAUUUGAUCUCGCCGAAUUGGAGGAAAUGGAAACGCAUCGGCCGGUACCGCCACCACCAUUACCAGUGCCACCUGCACCUACUGCGUCACCCUCCGGGGCCAAUUCGGGGAAGCAGGAGGCACAACCGAUGGAUACUGAUGGCGGAGGAGGAGGAGGUGCGGGCGGUGGUCGUGAAGAUGAUCGAGAUGGAGGCAAUCGUGGCGAUGAUGCGGAAAUAUCACAGAGGCCAUCGUGUACCACCGGAACGGCGGUAUUUAAGAACGGUGAAUCGGAGGAAAAUGGAAGUUUUGGUGCAGCAUACCAUUACGGUGCUACCAAUGGGAAUUUUGGUAGAGACAGUAUCACCAGCAGCCACAACCAUAUGCCGGCAGACGGCAGGACAGUGAAUCAAAACACGUACGACAGCAUGAUACAAUCGGAACGAUUGCACCGUGAACUGCCGGUCGGUCGGGAUCGGCUAUUGAACUGUACUGGCCAUCGCUCGCAGGCGAGCAGUAGUCCCGGCCAGGGUGGUUCCACUAUUGUUACCACCGCGAGCAGUAGUAGCAAUGGCGGUGGUGAUUUGACGACCACUCAACAGCAACGACAUCGUGCCAGCCCGGGUAGUGCCGAAACGGCAAUGAUUAAUCUUACAUCCGUACCGGCGACUGCAACGUUGUUAACGAUGGUACCGACAAAAAGUAGUGGCAGUCAUGUGAAGACGCACCAUUUGCAUCAGCAGCGUCCGGGAGGAGCGGGAUCGCUCUAUGCGCAUCAGGUUCACCUUCAUCAGCAGCAGCCGCUGCCGCUGUCGAACGUCGGAAGCCAGAGUCCGGGCAUGAUCGCUGCCAGUAGUAGUAGUAGUGGUAGUAGCAGUAGUAGUAUAAGCUAUACUAAUAAUACCAGUAGCAUUAAUAUUAGCAAUAGUAACGGUGCCACUUCGACCUCCUCCUCCUCCAUCGCCACGAUGAAUCGAUCUCAGAGCUAUACCAUUUCCACGAUAACGCUGCAACAGCCAUCACCGUCGAGUACGGCGUCGCCACCAGGUGCCAUCGAUCCAUCCAGCCAGCUGCUUCAGCAACAGAAUCAGCAUACUGCUCACCAUCAGCAGCAGCAGCAGCAGCACCAUCCAAUAAUAGCACAUAAUCGGCAGAUACUGCUGGCUGUCGAUCCCGCUACAAUACGACACCAUCAACAGCAGCAGCAGCAGCAGCAAAUUUUACGGUUGCAACCUGCGUCCACACCACCCGAUACGUACUACAUCAGCAAUAAGAAACUCCACACGACGCCAUCGUACGGCUCACCUGGAAGCUAUAAACCUUCUCCGACACCGCCAUCUUCGGGUAGUGUGGUUGCCACAUCGACACCUUCGCCCGUACAUCAGAUCGCAGCAGCAACAUCGUUCUCUGUUCCCCAACAUCACUACCAGCAACACACCACCCUGCACCAACCGCCGCCAGGUCAGCAUUCCCAGCAGCAGUUCCGCCAACAAUCACCACCGUCAUCCUCGUCGACCGCGACGUCUCAGCAGGAUGUUGUAGCAUUAUCCUCUAGCAGCCAGCAGUACGGUGGUUCUGCCAAUGCAACUGCGACACCCACCACCCCACUCAUUGACCUCAGCGAGUGGAUUAAUCAUCGGGUGUUGGCACGACGGAAAGAUGUUUACGAUUCUGGGCGCAUUCGUGCUACGUCGUCCGCACCGGGCACCGUUGUUAUUGGGUUCGAUCAGCCCGAGGGCAGCCAUCAGACGUAUCAGGGCGUGCUGGAGGACACGCACCGCCAGCAGGACAUCAUCGACGACGUGUGUCCAUCGCUUGCCGAUCUGCAACCGGGCGUGCGGGUCUGCGUUAGGGCAACCUGCGUUCAUCCACAUCCCGUCGUAUCCAACGGUGGGGACGUAUUUAUCGAGGGCAUUGUGAAGGAAGUGCAUGGCAACAAGAAACAAUUUACGGUCCAGAUUUUGAACCCCUCUGUAGGAGACAAGCAGGAGCUGCGAAUAGUGAAACGAGUCGAUAUGCGUCUGCUUAAACCACCUUGGUGGGAUGAGCUGGAAGAUGCGUUGGAUAAUUACAGCGGCCAUACUAUAUCAGCCGGAUCGGUCGGAGAUUGUGGAUCCACCAGGCGCACUACGAUCGCUCUCGAUCAGCACCGGUCUCAAGACGGCGACAUUGCAGGGAAAUCGCAGCAACCACAGCAACCACCCGCCAUAGUGAGUUACGUGCUAGCAACCUCGGCAAACACCGAUCAUCUGCACGCUGCUGGGGCAAGUCAGCUAGUGACAGGGGUUUCCAGUGGAGCUGUCAGCGGGCAACCGUCUGCCACCAUUAUCUAUACCAGUGGUGCAGCUUAUAAAAAUAGCAUCAGCAUAACGCAGGGACGCGGUGUAGCUAGUGCCGGACUACGAUACGAUCCAUCACUGGGAGCAGGAACAACGCUGGAACAGCAGCAGCAGCAGCAGCAGCAGUUAAAGCAGCAGUUGCACGUGCCAUUGCAGUUGCAGCAUGUUAUCCCAGCUGGAGCGGGUGAAGAGCAGCAACACCACUACCGUAGUGCCGCCACAUCGCCAUUCCAGUCCGUUCAGUUGUCUGAGCGUGAUCGGGAUGGAAUGGAAACAGCGGCUUCCAGCCACUAUACCGGGGCACACUCGCGAUCCCAUUCGCUCCAUCAUGUGUCUCACCCGGUACAGGUUGGACUGUCACCUGCACCGGCACACAGUAGCAACACGAUUAGUGGAACGGCAGGCUCAGGUGGUGCUGGAACUAACAGCAGCAGCUCAGUAUUAAGAACGCUCAGUCCGGAUGAUCUGCGCAUCACGAAUCGCAGCUACGAUAACGAGAGUGACGAUGAAGUGCGCAGCAGUUUUCCCAUGGAAGGUGAAACGGAAAAAUACUCAGGCAGCAGCAAGCGAAGCAGUAUGCAAAGCCGUGGAAGUACCUCAAGCUUACUGGAUCAACGAAGUACACCUCGAUCUCAACCUGCAACCCCAAGAUCUCAAGCGGCGACACCGCACCGGUUUAAGAAGGGAGACGUAGUAUCAACUCCAACUGGGAUACGGAAGAAGUUCAAUGGCAAGCAGUGGCGCAGGCUGUGUUCGAAUGAAUCAUGUUCGAAGGAAUCUCAACGACGAGGCUUCUGCUCGCGGCAUCUCAGCCAGAAAGGCAACAAUGCACUUCGUUCGUCCACCAGUUCGGUGACGAACCAUUUCAAUAGUAGUCGAUCAAGCAGCAAAACGCAGUUGGAUGAGGAAACGUCUCGAGAUUCUGAAACUUCACCCCACUACCGUGUUGCGGGACGCUUUGAUCAGGACGAAACCGAUGCCGCUAAUAUGCUGGUAUCGCUCAGCAGUUCACGUUCGGCCACGCCGAGCAAUUCCUUCUCGUCCCCAACGGGGCACGGAUCAUCCCCGUUAGCAACACAAUCGCCGGUAAUGAUCGGUAACCGGCAGAACCUAUUUCUGCCGAUCGGUAGCCCGGCGCCGUCCAGCGAACUACAUGGCAGUGUCGGUAGUGGCAACAGCAAGUACAAAACGAACACUCCGAGCCCAAAUCCAUCGCAUGUCAUUGGCGGAGCUAUCGGCAUUGGCGGUAGCGGCAGCACUGCCGGAAGCCAUCACCAUCCGUUGAUACGUCCGGAGUCGCUGCGUCCAAUACAACCGCCGACGAGCAGUACCACCGCUGCUCCGCCACCGACCGGUCAUGCGACCAGUGUCAUCCGGAUGUCACCUCUCUAUACCCAGCAUUCGGCACAUCCGUCGGCUAUUUACGCCACCUAUCCGUUGCAUGGUGGAGCCAACAGUUCCACGGUGACACAACAACCGUCUCCAGCUUCUCAGCAGCAGCAAGUGCACGUGGAAUCUUUAUCGGCGAAUGGGGUUGUUCAGCAUCAACAACAGCAUAUUUCCUUACAACAGCAGCAGCAGCAGCAGCAAGAGCAACCACACGCACUGGUAACGACAAGUCGAUCGCAACCAACUUCCGGCCAGGUUCAGCUUGUUUCGCAAUCGCCUGUUCAAGCUCACCAUCAUCACACAACCAUACAGCAGCAGCAGCAACAACAGCAGCAGCACCAACAACAACUAUUACAGCAGCAACAUACCGUGGUAUUGACCAGCCAACAUCAGCAGUCCUUAACGGUGCCAAAAAACGGCAUUAGCACGGGUUCCACCUAUCAAUGGCAUGCAUUGCUUCCGAUCAUACAUAGUCCGUCAGCGAUCGCCAAGAGCAACCACCAUCCCCAUCAUCAACACCACCACUACGCGCAUAUGGCGCACUCGCAGACCUAUGGAUCAUCCGCAACGAUAGCAGCAGUCUCUGCUGCUGGCCCUCCAUCAUCAGCGGCGGCGACGGUUGUUGCCUCACAACCCUCGUCGAUUGGAAGCCCCUCCACAACGACAGCCAAGUCGUCUUCGUCGUCCACUACUACAUCUUCGAUGAUCGUUGUACCAUCCAAAAUGUACUCUUCACCACCACCGCCGCCACCACAAGCAGCAGCAGCGGAGGAUAUGGUUUCCAUCGACGAUGACGACCAGGGAGACGAUGAUGUCUUUGAAGCAGAGCCCGUGAAAACAGUACCCAAUACGAACAAUUCCACCGCCGCGUACGGUGGCGAUCAAACAAACAACCGAUAUGCGGCAGCAGGAGGAGGAGGUGACGCUAGUGGUGGAGCAGGAGCAGCAGGAAGCCAUCAGCUUCUGCGUGGCAUGGACAUAGAAGCACCCGGCACGACGGUCCCCAGCGGUAAAGCCUGUACAAGCGAAAGUGCCGAAUCAAUCGCAAAGCGUCGGACACAAUCGUGCAGCGCCGCAUUGCAGGCGGCCGCCGUAUCGAACGGUGCGGGAAGUGGUGGUGGAAGUGGCAACGGUACACCGAAAGAACCACAGAGUCCUUUAAGCAACAAGAAGGACGCUAAAAUCCGACGCCCGAUGAACGCGUUCAUGAUAUUCUCCAAACGGCACCGGGCGCUCGUACACCAGAAGCAUCCGAACCAGGACAAUCGGACGGUGAGCAAAAUACUUGGCGAAUGGUGGUACGCGCUCAAACCGGAAGAGAAAACCAAAUACCACGAGCUGGCGAGUGAGGUAAAGGAGGCACACUUUAAGGCCCAUCCCGAGUGGAAAUGGUGCUCGAAGGAUCGCCGUAAAUCUUCCUCCUCCGCGAAGGAGGGUGCCGCCGGGGGUGCACCGUCCAGUGGAGGUGUGCUGGUGUCGGCAGGCAGCAACAGUCGUGGUCGAAUCGAUUCUUUCGAUGGUAAUGAUUCGUUCGACGAAAAGAGUCCGAAAACGCCAUCGGAUGUUGGGCUGUCAGUGAAUGGACCUGGCGGCGGCGGUACAAACGAUAUAAUUCCGCUGACUGUGGCACCGUACAACACGAUUGACGAACCAGCAGAAAGCGCUGUACCAUCGUCCGGCAUGAUGAUGAUGCUUCCACCGACGACAACGGCAAACCAUGGGUCGGCAGCUUCUAGCAAUACUGGAAACCAGAACCCUCCGGAAGCGAUGAUCGUGGAUACAGCGGCGUCUAACAUAUCUACCCCACCAACGCAACGCUACACUGAUAAGGAAAAUCGGGAACAUAGUGAAGAUCAGAUGGACAUUUCCAUCACGGAUGAGCAGAUGGAUGAGGGUGAUGGUGGUGGUAGUAGUGGCGCGGCUGGAGGUGGUAUUUCGGAUGAAGAUCAGCAUAUGGCAAACGAAGACACUGGUUCUAAGUCAUCCUCCUCUGCGCAACCAAAUGACGUGGCAGAACUCGAUCUGAAAUGUGCCGAAAAGGUAAGCGAUUCGGAUGUGGAGGAAAUCUCUGGCGGUAACGUUAAGGGCAAACAACAAGACCAUGAGGAAGUCAGGCACAAAGUAACUACUGCUACAUCUAACGCUGCUAGUUCUUCCACAAAGGUUUCACAAUCGACGGUUUCAAGCGAUUACCAUCACGGUAGUAAUGGGGACGUAGCAACGGACUAUUCGAUCAAAACACUGACGACGGCAAGCAAUGGAGGAGGAAAUGCUUCCGGACCACCAACAACACCCGGUGGACCUAAUUCUUCCUCUCUGGAGUCAUCUACCGGAUCGUUACUGACGUGCAAACCGAAACCAAUUAAAGCGAGUACCAGUGUGCCGGGCAGCAACAGUUCCGGGACCGGAAAUGCUGCCAUCAGUUCGGGUGGAGAUAGUAAUGGUGGUAGUAGCAUUACUUCUGGUAGUAAUGCUGCUGCUGCUGCUACUGGACAGAGUGGUAGUAUCUAUCAGCAUCAUCACGCGCAUACACACCAUCACCACCAUCAUCAUCCGAUCGGAUACGCGUACAGUAGUCCAAAAAAUCCAGUAGGUGUUUCACCAUUCCAGCCCACAGGAGGAGCCUUCAAAACUAUGCCUCAGAGCCCCAAAACCCUGGGAAAACAGGACCAUCCGUCAUAUCUGCUUUCGCCAGCCUCGUCAACACCAACAGUAGUGUCUACGAUCAAGAUGGAACCAGCGGAAAAUUUAACCACCAGCAGUAGCGCCCGCAACAAUGUCGAUACAAUAUUUAACUUUUCCACUGCCGCCAUUAAGGAACAAUAUUUGCAGCAGCAACAGCAACCAACCACGCUUUAUCACGGCAAUGAUCAUCAGCAGCAUAAAUUGCUUCUUGCCGUAAGCAGCAACAACAGCGCGGCAGAAUCCAUGACGGCGGCAGCUGCAAACUCAACGUUGACCGUUACCCCACCGAGCAGCAGCUGCUCGUCGGAAAGCGGAGGAAGCAGCAGCAGCACCACCAAAUGUAAAUCGCUGUUAGAGCUUAACCCUACCAUCUGUUACACAAUUUCGAACAUUAACGGUAGCCUUGCGACCACCAGUAGCAAUGCAAACCUUAAGCCUAACACUACUAACGCAAUAGUGAUGAGCAUGAAGAAAGUUCUACCGAUGACAUCAUCCUCCACGCCGUCAUCGUUGACACUGUCGUCGGUUGCAGCACUACACCCGCUUCAACCGCCUGGUGGUGCCGGUGGAUUCUCGAUGCUGUCCUCCGCUGGCAAUGGUAGCAACACCAACAGCUGCGCUACCGAUCUGACGACGGUCAGCGGAACGAGUGGCAACAACACCACGACAACAGCAAUCCUUACUUCAGCAUCCCAACGUUUACCACCGGGCCGGCAGAAAUUGAUGCUAUGUCCACAGUUUGCCCUAGUCCUUCCCGAUAAUCAGCAAUUCACGCUGACCGAUCGUUCAAAGAUUUCGUUCGCAAAUCUUUCCACCGCGACUAUUAAACCGGCACAGGCCAACACAAUCUUUACCGCCCUACCACCUUCUGCCUCGUCGUCCUGCUCCUCCACCGUCUCCCCCUCGUCCUCCUCCUCACCUUCCUCUACUGCCACCGUCGCUUUUGCACUAACACCGUCAUCAUCUUCCUCAUCAACCUCCACUGGUGGUUGUACUUUGCGGCAGCAGGUCGCCAACAGUAAUGGAACCAUCCAGCCGGCGAUGGCACAAGUGAAACUAACAAACAUCCUCCCGACGACAGUUACACCACCAUCUUCUUCAUCAUCCACUACUACUUCUUGCUCUUCUUCUUCAUCAUGUUCCACCUCAAUCAUUUCAUCCUGUGCGUCGAGUAUGCUAAUGAAACCGUCGGCAGCAAUAGUGGCCAAUGCUGCCGGUACCGCGACCACCACUACUACCACUUCCUUUCCCAUACAAUAUUUGAUCCAAGGCAAGAUACCGAAUCUUCUCAUCUCCACGACACAGGGCUAUCCUUCGACCCAAAUGCAACAGUCACCGCACCAGCAGCAGCUGUAUGCAACGAUCAAGCAAGAACCUCCCGAAUCGCCCGGUGCGAAACAUUUCCUGCCAGUAACGCCCAGCAGUACCACCACAACUACCAACAUCGCAUCUUCGUACAGUAGUGGUAGUAGUAGUAGCAGUAGCCACCAAAACUCUGGUUCUGGUGAUGUCACUAUGGCUGCUGCUGGUACACCUGGUACCGGUAACAGUGCAUCCGAAACGGAACCCUCCAAUGAGGAAGACAUGAUGGAGGAAGAUUAUGCUGGCGAUGGUAGUGGGGAUACUACCGGGGCCGAAGGAGUAGGUGAUGGAGGACCUCCGGAGAACAAGAAGUUUAUACUGGCGCCAACACCGGCACAGUUAGGACGCGCUCCACUACAACGGCGUCAGAUGAGCAGUGGCGGUUGCAACAGCAAUAGCAACAGUAACAGUGGUAUGAUGCAGUUGGAUCAACAGCAGCAACAACAACAACAGCCACCACCUUUGAGUGGCAACAGUGUUGCUCAACAGCAGACCACACCGAUGGAAGAUGACGGUGGAGCAGACGAUGCAUCUGAUCGGCAAACAGCAUCGUCUAACGGUCAGAGCAAUCACCAUCAGCAGCAGCAGCAGCACGCCUCGAUGCCGUCCGCUUUACCGACACCGACGUCCGCUUCGAUGGAAGAGUACCACAGUCAGAUUUCGCCGUCUGCCGCCAAGAAAGCGUUCUUCCGCAAGGCAAAGCCGGAUGAUAUGGAUAACGUACUGAGACAGGUUGACUUUGAGAAAAAGUUUAAAACGCUACCCCAGUUCAAGCCGGAAGAUUGUCACUCGCCCAGUGCCAUCAUGGCGUCGUCGCCACGUGUGUUUACGCAAAACUAUCGCAAAAAGCAAACCACAACACACAAAACGCUACCGGAUGAUGAUCAGCACAACAAUCUACAUUCGGAUGGCAGCGUUCCACCGCUAUCCAGCACGGCCACACCGUCCAGCUCGUACGUGAUCGGGAAUCGGUUUUUUGGACCGGAUUUCAACAUGGAACAGUACAAAGAAAUGUCGGCUGAAAUGGGACGUUCAGGAGGUGGUGGUGCAGUUGGUGGAAGCGGCGCGGUGGUAGGUGGUGGCCCAGGGCCCGAUGAUCGUUCGCCGCGCACACCCAAAACGCCAUCGCAGCGAUCGGUCAAUUCGGCGGAAGAGAAGGGCCAUCGAAAGAUUCUCGAGCAGCGGCGCAAUCUGGUAGUGCAGCUGUUUAACGAACACGGCAUGUUUCCAUCAACUCACGCAACAAAUAGCUUUCAGUUGGCGCACAGCGACAUAUUUCCUAACAAACAGAGCCUGCAGCUGAAGAUACGUGAAGUGCGUCAAAAAUCGAUGGCCCAGCAGCCCGGUUUUACGCCCCAGUCAGCUGGUCCCAUUACUCCGACAGAAAUGAACAGUGGUCAGUCCGACGGCAACCAGCAGCAGCAACAACAUUCAUUACAACAUCACCAGCACACGCAACAGCAGCUUCAUCAUAAUCUUCACCAACCACAGCAACAGCAGCAGCAACAACAACAACAGGAACACAGCAUCAACUGA